AUGAGAAGAGAUUCAGAGCUUGAUUCUGAGAACGAUUUUGACUAUCUGUUUAAAAUAGUUCUUAUUGGUGAUCCUGGUGUUGGAAAAUCUGCACUGGUGCACCGUUUUAAGUACAAUACAUACGUUGAUCGACUCGCUAGUACCAUUGGUGUCGACUUUGUAAUCAAGUCUCUAAUCAUCGGAGGCAAAAAGGUUAAGCUUCAAAUAUGGGACACAGCUGGUCAAGAAAGAUUUCGGACAAUCACACAAAGCUACUACCGUGCAGCACAUGCAGUAAUGGUUGUAUUUGAUAUAACAAAAUCAGACACUUUCAAGAAUAUUGCAAGGUGGUUAAAAGACAUUGAGAAGUAUGCUAGUGAAUGCAGGAUCCAAGUGCUUGUUGGAAAUAAAGUUGACUUGGAAGAAGAAAGGGAGGUUACAAGAGAAGAAGAAGAACUUUUUGCAAAGAAUUAUUCAAUAAAUCAAGUUUUAGAAACAUCAGCAAAAGACAGUACAAAUGUGGAAGAGGCUUUCAUUCGCACUGCAGAACUUCUUAAGAAUAAUUAUGAACAGAGCUCUUUAUCAGAUUAUCCAAAUGAAAAUAAAGUCAUUUUAGGAUCUAGAAGUGUUGGCCGGUGGGGUUGCUGUUCAUAAUUGGUCUGUUGUCAUUAUGAAUGACUAGAGUGACUGGAGUUGAGAGGUUUGAGACUGUUGCUUCUGAAUGGUUGAUUAGUUAUUGAUUUUUGAUAGCAGCUGAGUUGAAGUAAUUCUAACAAAGGCAAGCAAAUUAACAAACCCCGUAGACACUAAGGCUCUUGCACUCUCCACCACCCCUUCCACUAGCUCCACAAAAAUACAUUCCCCUAGCCAGUAGAUCCUAUUACAUACCCCCUCCCACCUACUAAAUCUACAAGCACAUCCCCCACCAACUGGGUCCACUUCCAUACCCCCCAUCUACAAGGUCCACAAACACGUCCCCUACCCACUAUGUUCCCCAGCUUAUCCCCUACCCACUGGGUCUACCAACAUGUACCCCAUCUAAUAUGCCCACAAAAAUUUUCUCAUGCCCAUUAGGUCCACAUAACAACCCCCAUCUACUCUGUCUGCCAGAAUAUCCCCCACCCACCAUGUCCUCUAAAAUAUGUGCUUCUAGAUUCAGUGGCUGAUUUACUUGAUCUUAACAUUUCAAUUCCCCACAAAUGCAGGCAAUAGUUUUGUUAAUACACCAAUUCAACUAAGAGCCUUGCUUUGAAAAAUAUUUUUGACUUCAAAUUUUGGUUGAUUAGAAUUUUAGUCUACAUUUAAGUUUUCAUGAUGCUUGCACUUGUAAUAUUUAUUUAUGAUGAUAACAAUUUAUAAAUUUUGUAUCUGAAGGAAUUUGACCAGAAAUAGCAACUGAGGGUAAAAUUUUCACCCUAAAUCAAAAUCCUUUAAAAUUUUUCCAGCUUCAUUCAUUCAAUGUCAUGGGAAUUAGAAUCACACAAUAGUAAAUCCCUAUCUGAUCUCCAAACAAAUGUUCAGAUGAAACAAUUAAAAAACGUAAAGAAAAAAAGCUUGAUUGAUGAUUGAUAUAUAUGGCUUGAAAAUCUUGUUUACAAUGUGUGAAGUUUGUGAAAAUUUGUCAAUACAUUGAUCUGAUUUAUUUCCAGACAAGCUUUUGUGCUGAACAUUAAUCUAGAGGUAGCCAUUAAUCAUUGUGAUUGUGAAUCAAUUGGAUUGGAUGGGAUGGGAUGUGAUUUGGGAUAGAGUAGGGUUGGUUGGGUUGGGGUUGGGUGGUAAAGACUGUGAAUUUAUGAUUGUUUUUGUAUUUUGCAAUGUGACAAGUUUCAACUUAGUGUAAAAGGAAAGUAGAUGCUCCAAACUGAAGAUGCAUAUUGCCUCAAACAUAAGGUGCCUCUAUGGAAUUAGUUACGUUAUAGUAACAUUUUAGCCAUUCACUUGUUCUUGGAGUGAGAGUUAAGUUAGAAAAUUGGCAAAUCAAGAAGGUGCUUUCUUAAUGCUUUUUAUUGUAAAAUCUUUAACUAAGCUAGUGAUAAACUACGUGGAGAAUUUUUACAUUCAAUGAACUCCUUUUUCUGUUGAGAGGCCAUAACACUUGGUAAAAAAUGGGACCCAAAAGUAUUUGCCUAUUAUCCUAAGUCCCCAAGAACAAUCACCUCUUAGCUGUAAAGGCCAAUGGGGUGCGUGUGUGUCAUCAUCAAAAAUAUGUUUUCAGAAUAUUUCAGUUUUGACCAAACCACUUGGAAUCAUUGUGCAAAAUCAGUUAAAUAUAUUAAACACCAUAUGGCCAAUGGAAUUUUCAAGUUUGCUAAAAUUACAGUCGAUUUGAUAAGGAAAGGAACUGUACACAUGUGAUCAUAUCUAAGCCAAUCCGUAACCUAUUCAACUGAUUUUGCAUAUGUAUAGCAUUUCACGAUGCUCUGUUAUGCUGUUCAGGUUGUGUAGCCAAAAUUGAGCAAUUCUAAAAAUAGAUUUGUGACGUUAUCAAAUUGGAAUUUUAUGGUGGUUUCUAAUUCAUCUGCUAAUUUUUGGAAAUCUGUGUUGACUCGAAAUACGUGUAAAUCGAAUUUAUUUAUAGAAUUAAUGUUGCAUUGUGAUGUUUUAAAUUAUUUUAUUUGAAUUAUGAUAUUGAGCUUAUAACUACAAA